AUGCCUUCUCGAGAAGCUAAGAGAUAUUUCAAGCGAAAAUUAGAAAGAAAGAAAAGAGAAAUUGCUGAAGGUAUGUCCCUGCAAUCUUAUGGUCAGUUACAGAAUUCUGCAAUUCAAUACUCUACGAAUGUAGGAAUUUGUAAGGACUGUGGAGAAGUGGGUCAUAUUAACAAAAAAAGUUACAAAUGCCAGCUUUACGAUGCAUCCAAAAAAAGGAAAGCACGAGCGAAGGAUGAUUACGAGACAAAGGCUGCAAAGGCUAGAGGGAAAAAGAAGAAAUUGGAAGACAGCAAGAAACGAGCAGAACUUCUGGUACAGCAUCUGCAAGCUUAUAUUAGGGGAAGCAGUCUGAAGACACAUCCCAUGAAAGGAUACAGCGAUUCGCUGGCAGCAGCCUGCUUGACACUGGCCACUACUUCUGCAAACUUUAUGGUGGAGAAUUUUGAAAAUAGGCUCAAGCACUAUGCUUGA